AGGACGACAGGCAAUGACACAAGUCUUUGGUUGUUGGUCUGUUUGCAGCAUAGGGGGAGGAAGUAUCCCAACAAAGUGCGGCAGGGAGGACAGACUUCUACCUUUUGGAAUAAUAAGAAAUUCUUCAAGAGCUUGUUAAAUACAGAGCAUCUACAGUGGGGGAUACAGGGUCGCAUGUGGGUUCCUAGCUUCGCUCCCUCUAAUUAGUACUGUUAGAGUGUAUGCAAACUUACAGUCAGGUGCAUCUCUUUUCAGCGCUCGUUUACCGGGUAUUCAAGUCCACUGAAGUCUUUCAGAGAUAAAAGAGAAUAUGGGGAUUCUUUCUGCUUGAGGACUAAAACCAACACUUUUUGAAAAAUGAGCAAAAAGUAUGAAUCAACAAACGUGUCAGAGGUGGAGGACCACAUUUCUCUGAGGUAUGAAAUCAAGAGGAGACUGGGAAAAGGGGCGUAUGGCAUUGUCUGGAAAGCAGUUGACCAACAGACGGGCGAGAUUGUGGCUGUAAAGAAGAUCUUUGACGCUUUCAGGAACAGGACAGAUGCUCAGCGGACAUUCAGGGAAAUCAUGUUCCUUCAGGAGUUUGGAGAUCAUCCCAACAUUGUCAAACUUCUGGAUGUGGUCAGGGCACAAAAUGAUAAAGACAUUUACCUUAUCUUUGAAUAUAUGGAUACUGACCUGCAUGCAGUGAUAAAGAAAGGCAGCCUGCUGAAGGACAUCCACAAAUGUUAUGUGAUGUAUCAGCUCCUCAAAGCCAUCAAAUACCUGCACUCAGGAAAUGUCAUCCACAGGGACCAAAAGCCAUCCAACGUGCUCCUCGACACUGACUGUGUAGUCAAGCUGUGUGACUUUGGCUUGGCCAGAUCACUCAACCAAAUCCAGGAGGACAGCGGGAAUCCAGCACUGACAGAAUAUGUGGCAACGCGGUGGUAUCGAGCGCCUGAGAUUCUGCUGGGAUCUGCAAGGUAUACCAAAGGUGUGGAUAUGUGGAGCCUCGGCUGUAUCCUGGGAGAGAUGCUGCUUGGGAAAGCUCUGUUCCCUGGGACAUCCACUAUCAACCAAAUAGAGAAGAUCAUGAGUGCCAUACCUCAUCCCAGUCCAGAAGAUAUUCUUGCAAUCAAGUCUGAAUAUGGAUCCUCUGUUAUUCAGAGAAUGUUACUGAAACCACAGGUGCCUUUGGAGGAUCUCCUCCAGCUGUCUGUGCCCCCUGAUGCUCUGGACUUGUUAAAAGGUUUACUGGUUUUCAACCCAGACAAGCGUCUGACUGCUGAACAAGCCCUCCAGCACCCAUAUGUAGCCAGGUUUCAUAGUCCAGCGAAAGAGCCAGCACUUAACUAUGACGUAGUGCUGCCUGUGGAUGAUGAUAUACAGCUAUCUGUGGUUCAGUAUCGCAACAAACUUUAUGAGAUGAUGCUGGAGAGAAGAACUAAUCAGGGGGUGCUGAGGCUGAUCCAGCCAAAGGAUGAGGGCAGUAGUGGGCACAAGCCCAGUGUGAAGGAUAAAGCAGAGAAGUGUCCAGAAGUGGCAAAUGGCAACCAGGAAAAGACCACUGAGACGAAACACUUGCUCUCACAAACAGGUGUUGCCAAACCUGGACCUGUGAAUGCAUCGAUCCCGCCUGCUGUGGAGAAGACAAGUCCUUUAGGCAGCCCUAGUUUGGGAAAACUCACAUAUAACCCCAUCACACACGCCCCAAAUGGUUUUGUUCAUAACCCAGUUAGUCCUCAUUACUACCAGCCUUCUGGUGCCAACAGGAGAUCAGCUGAACAGAGCAGCAAUGGCAAUGCAACAGCCUCACCAACAGAGGGCACCAACACUUAUGUAUCCAUGGACCAGAUCCUCCAGCGUGGUCGCUCAGCCUCUCUGGCUCAUAAUAAUACCUUCUCCUUGACCCUAAACCAAACCCGGAACAACCUGCUGGUUCGCAGGGAUGAGACGUGCCUGUCCUCUGGGCUUUCAGUCACAUCUGCUCGUCUGAACCAGCGGUCAAACUCACAGACACCCGAGGCUCGGCCCCUGCCACGGUUCAGCAAGAAAGUAUUUCAUGAUAACUGUAAUGUAGCAUCUGCAGGUGACCCUAGAGCCAAACUGGGCAGCUAUUCUCAGGCCUAUGGUACCAUCAACAAGACUGAACUGGACAAUCUGCUUCGAAGCCGCCCUUACAAUCAGUGACUGCUGUCACGCCAGGGGUUACAUGAAGCUGGGUGGCACAUGUGUUUGAACAAGCGACAACGUUUGCCUUGUAGAAGGAUGUAACACACGUGGCAAACAGGAAGAAGAUUGUUACACUUGUUGUAUAAUGUGUAGAUCAUAUACCUUUUUGUGACAAUGUGUACUUGUAAAUAGUCGUUAUAAUCUAAUUGUACCAGCGACUCAAAGAAUUACUUGCAAAAUUGAAUAAUGUAGCGUAUGGUCUACAGACUAGAUGGUUUAUUAACCUAAAGCCAGUGGGUUUCAGAAUAUCUGUAAAAUAUGCAAAUGGUUGUUUGCAUUGAUUUUAUGCAACUGCUAAUAACUUUUCAUGUGAUAAAGCAGCAAUAAGCCUGUUUGUUCCUUUAAAUGUGAACAGAAAGAAAAACACAAGUGUUUCUUCAACCAAGUGUGUUUAAUGUUUAACAGACACAGAUGAAUGUGGUUGCAAAUAAACAUCAAGUUUAAGAAUAAA